CUAUAAGGGUCCGCGGCACCGACGCUCGUGCGUCGGCGUGUCCUGCAGCGUCUGCCUGGCCUUCGGAGCAGGAGCUGCGCGAGCCCCGGGAGCCAUGACGACCAAAGCCGUGUGCGUGCUGAAGGGCGAAGGCCCGGUGCACGGCACCAUCCACUUCACGCAGGAGGGCAAUGGUCCAGUCAAGGUCUCGGGGUCCAUCAAAGGACUGACCAAAGGCGAGCAUGGAUUUCACGUCCAUGAGUUUGGAGACAACACGCAAGGCUGUACCAGUGCAGGCCCUCACUUCAAUCCUCUGCACAAAACCCACGGUGGACCACAAGAUGUAGAGAGGCAUGUUGGAGACCUGGGCAACGUGACUGCGGAGGAGGACGGCGUGGCCACGGUGUCCCUUGAAGACUCUCAGAUCUCCCUCUCUGGAGCCCAUUCCAUCAUUGGCCGCACGAUGGUGGUCCACGAGAAGCGAGACGACCUGGGCAGAGGCGGAAACGACGAGAGCAAGAAGACGGGCAACGCCGGCAGCCGCCUGGCCUGCGGGGUGAUCGGGAUUGCCUCGCCGAACACUCCCUAGACCCAGCCCGCGCCCCGGCGGCUCCCCGCCAUCCCAUGAGCUGCAGACGCCGUCCCAUGAGCUGCAGACGCUUAACCCGAGAAACAUUAAACCCCGUAACCUUCAGUAUCAUGUGUGUCUUUCUUUACAAAUUGCUUUAAAGUGCCUGCAGUGACAGCUGAUUUAUGAUCACUUGGAAGAUUCAUGUAAUUGUGUAAAUCUCAUUCAAUUAAAACGUGUUUCAAUGAUCUUAAACACACAUAGGUAUUAAACGAAAUUGUCUAAAUUUCUUUAGUUCUCAUUCAAAUCUACAAUAAACCCAAUACCCAAUAUGGUGCUCUAUUUGUGAUCCUA